UCAGACUCAAUGGGCGGGUCGACGAUGGCGGCGCUCGACCUCGGCGGGGGCUCCACACAAAUAACGUACGCGCUGCCCGAGCACGAGCGCGCCCGCUACCCCGCGCGCGACCAGCACGCCGUGGCCGCGGGAAGCGCCAACAUCUCGCUCUACACGCACAGCUACCUAAACUUAGGUUUGCUGGCAGCUAGAUACGGCAUCUUCCGACUAGAGCACAGCAGUCGCGGCGGUGCUGACAAUACCACAGAGUUCACCUCCGUGUGUGUAGACCCUAUCGUACAGAAGGAGAAGUGGACUUACGCCAAUAAGCAGUAUUUUGUUAG